AUUCUGUGCAAUCUCGGGCACGGCCAGAUGAACGAUGUGAACGUGUGAUUGUACACGUUCCGAACGUGAACUCUUUUUAGUUAGUAUAUUAGUGUUUGCCGAGUCUUCUGUCGUUGAUACCGCUUACAUUGUGUCAAAUGAAAUCUUGAAUGUAAAUUGUGGCCAAAAAAUGUUAUCAUUGCUUUAAAGUUGAUAACUUGAAAAUAAUCAAGAAAUCGUGUAAUUAGUCUUCGAUUUUAUUAUUUUGUGAUAAAAAUAAAAUUGUGUGCAUAUAUAAAAAAUAAAUACGUUGAAGACAUUGCUAUAAGUGGUGGUAGUGCAUUUGUUUAUUUUUAGACUUCGCAAUUUGCAGUCAUGUAAUUAUUUCGGUGGCGCUAAAAUGUCUCAAAGGGAUACAGCGAUACAUCUUGUGGCUGGAGGGCUUGCAGGCACUGCGGGCGCUGUGGUAACAUGCCCUCUAGAAGUAGUAAAGACAAGACUUCAGUCUUCAAAGGGUGUCGGAGUUCCACCGCCACCUCCUUCUGGUGCUGCUAAUUCAAAGCGAGUUUGCUCUAAGAUACCCAAACACCAGGAGGCCAAAUGGGGCUACAGACGUACGAUGGGCGCAAUGUUCGCCUACAGCAAGCAAGCAGAUCGAAUGCUGAUGUCCUACAAUUACCAGGUGCAGCAGUGUGCGAGGGCGGGCCACGCUCGGACAGCCGGCAGGAUGACUCUCAUACAGUGCCUCAGGCACAUCGUACAAAACGAAGGCGCUCGAGCCCUGUUCAAGGGUCUCGGUCCGAACAUAGUGGGCGUGGCGCCGUCCAGAGCGAUCUACUUCUGUACAUACUCCCAGGCUAAAGCAAUCCUCAACCAACACCUUCCACCGGACACGCCCAUCGUGCACCUCUCAGCGGCCAGCGCGGCGGGAUUCGUAUCGUGUACGCUGACUAAUCCGAUUUGGUUCGUGAAGACUCGUUUACAACUCGACGGUCAGAACAUCACAGCGUGGCAAUGUAUUAAGAGGAUAUACGCCAAAACGGGUGUAAGAGGUUUCUACAAAGGAAUAACGGCAUCGUAUAUGGGCAUCAGCGAGACGGUCGUCCACUUCGUGCUGUACGAGGGCGUGAAGGCGCGACUCAUGGCCGCGCGGGCCCUGGACGGCGUGCCGUCCGACCAGCGCUCGCCGCGGGACUUCAUCGAGUUCAUGGGAGCGGGCGCCUUCUCCAAAACCGUCGCUUCCUGCAUUGCAUAUCCACAUGAGGUAGCGAGGACACGGUUGAGGGAAGAAGGCGACAAGUAUCGCAAAUUCUGGCAGACACUUCAUACGGUUUGGAUGGAAGAAGGUUAUCGUGGAGUUUAUAGGGGCCUCGGAACACAACUUGUCCGUCAGAUACCGAACACAGCCAUAAUGAUGUCCACGUACGAAGCGGUCGUUUACCUCCUCACGACACACUUUAAUAAUUCCUUCUAUGAAAACACUUAGUCGGACAGCAGGAAAUAACCUGUGAUUCCCGUAGAGAGCUCCGGGCUCGGCUGUUAGACAAUUGGCAUUGGGACGACUCGUUGAUCUAAAUUGUUUCUAGAUCAACCAUGUCCCACUUAACUCGUGGUAUUAGGUCAUACUCCCAAAAAAUAGAUCUUUCGUGUAAGAAAUCUUUAAACGAAAAUUGAUACUUAACUAAUAAAAAUAUUGUGGUAUUUAUAUUCCUUUUCGUUUUGGGAUAUGAUUUCAAUUUACCCAAAAUCCCUUGCGAGAGGUUAAGAUGUUCUCUAUCUGUAAUCUAUCGAUUUACUAAGAUUGGAAUUGCCAAUGAAAAAUUUAUUGAUUUAUGUAAACAGAACACAUAAAGUUAUAUAUAUAAGGGAGCUUGUAGACGAAGAAGUAGAUUAAUAUAUUUGUGUCUUAUCAAACAGUCUUCUAUGUCCAUAUAUAUCAAUAUUGGUAUUAUUAGUCAAAGAACAAGUCAAUAUGGUUUUAUUUGAAAUAUUAUAAGCAAUUUUCAUAAGUAAGUAAGCCUUGGUCAGUUCUCUGAACCAGUAUGCCUAUUGCGAGCUUUUUUUUACUUAUUCGAUAGCGUUAACGUUAUAUUAAUAUUAAAAAUUUAUUUGUUAGGCAUAAACAGCGCCAUCUAGUGACAAUAUUCGGAACUAGGCACACUGCAAUGAGUGUGUUGCUACCGUCAAGUCCAGAAGUAAUAAAUAAAUAAUAACAAACUUUAAGGUAUGUUUUAGACAGAAAUAGAUGGCAAUUUUCGUGUUUGUAAUUCUUCAGAAAAUCGGCAACAUUAAUUUUCUUUGGCUUUACGGCAAAUCAAUAAUUUGAAGUAUAUUUCAAUUUAUGUUGAAAACGAAAACACAGAAUAAUUCAAUACGUGCAAUACGCGUCUUAAAUGGAAAUACGUUUCUCAACAUUUGUUUACAAUUUUCGUUGUCAAGUUUAAGAGAAACUUUUGUCAUUAACAUACAUUGCGAGCACAUAAGUUGCCGAUUUGUUUUUGUGAAGAUUCGGCUUUAAACAAUGUAACAUGAAAAAUUGACUACACUGUUGUUUAUUUAAUAUGCUUACAUUAAAUUCUACAAACAAAGUCAACAAUUAUUAAAUGUUAAAUUGUUAACUAAGUGUUGUUUCAGUGUAAGAAUUUAUGAUUUACAAAAUAGAAUAUUUAGGACCUCUAUAUUAAUAAUAUUGAGUGUUAUUUGUUUUUCCGGUAUAGAUGUUUAUUUUAUUUCACGUAAACAGCUUAAAUGUAUGGGGAAAUAUUUGUAAAUAAGCCUACAAUAUAUGCAUAUAUAUAUAGCUGCGCUGUUUUGUUCCAAAAACACUGUUAUUUCUGAUGUUUCUGAUUUCAAUCACUCUUUAGCUACUCAUAAACGUUAGUUAGAGGUAUUUAGAUAAACAUUGAUUUCUCUCUUUUUGUCAUAAUUAAUUUGUCUUUGUAAAAAAGACAUAUCGUUUAUCUAAUUAACACCUCUAAACAAAGUUUAUAGGUAAAGCUGUCUUUAUCACUAUCUCUAUUUUACUUGAAUGUGUAAAAACAAUAAGAAAAACAAAAAAAAAAUAAUUAUGCAAAAUUAUUUUGUUAUAUUUUUUUCAAUAAUAUCAAUAUAUACAUUACUUUAUUCAAAAUAUAUUUACCACACUAUAUUCAUAUAUUUCUUGUAAAUUAAAAAAAAUAUAUUAUUUUCUGUUUUCAAUCUAACUAUAAUUGUUAGAAAACAUUUUGUUUAUUGAAACUAAAGCCAUUGUAAGUGCAAGUACCCAUACUUAACGAAAACCCAAGGCUUAUAGACAUAAUUGAUUUCAUGAAUAUCCAUUAUAUAUUAAUCAGCAGUUAGCACAGAAUUAGUAAGUGAGCUGUGAUAUAGCACAUGUAAAUAUUAGUUACUUUGAUAUUUUUAUUACAUAGAGCUCUUUGCAAAGUUUGAAAUACAUUUUGUCAUGAAGGCUUUUCUUAUUGAAUUAGCUGUAAGUUUUUAUCAUCUGCAAAUCACGAUAUGAAUAUAUUAUGUAGAUUUAAUGUUGAUUCUUGUUAAAUUAGGAACUGGUAAGUAGACUUCUGAUCAUAUAUUUGUUAAUGGAAAGAUUUUGGACGUAUGUCAGACUGAGUAUAAGAUACUAUAAAAUUUGUUUAUUGAUUAAAUGAUUAAAAAAUA